AUGCCACGCUGCUCGCCCUCAUGCUGCUGCUCGACUCCCUCUGGCUCGCCCUCUUCGCCCCCCACAUCUGGUGCCCUCUCUCUCCACCCCCUCACAUGCAUCACCACCUUCCUCACAUGCAUGGCCACCUUCCUCACAUGCAUGGUCACCUUCCUCACAUGCAUGGCCACCUUCCUCACAUCCAUGGCCACCUUCCUCACAUGCAUCACCACCUUCCUCACAUGCAUGGCCACCUUCCUCGCAUGCAUGGCCGCCUUCCUCACAUGCAUGGCCACCUUCCUCACAUGCAUGGCCACCUUCCUCACAUGCAUGGCCACCUUCCUCACAUGCAUGGCCACCUUCCUCACAUGCAUGGCCACCUUCCUCACAUGCAUGGCCACCUUCCCCUCUCAAUCUACCCGCCCCCGAGCUCUCUCCCUCGUGUGCCCUUUGCAUGCCUGCCUCGUGAUUAUGCUGGGCCUGCCCUCCCUCCCUCACCUCUCCCUCCUUUCCCUCUCCCAAACCCCACUCCACUGCACGGCACCGCACAGGAGCACGGAGCUAACGUCGCCGUGGAGGCAGCAGCCACUGGUGGCGCUGGCAGUGCUGCUGGAGCUCACGUGCCACUCCCUCACCUUCGCCCUGCGCCUCCUCUCCGCCCUGCUCUGGCUUCAGGUCAUUCUUCUUGUUCCUUCAGGUGCUCGUCCUGCUGCUUUCAGGGGGGGCACAGCCGUGCCCAGCUCCGAGGUCCACGCCUACCUCCCUGCCUACGACAGCCUCGGCCCGUACCACGCCGCAGCCUCGGCGACGCCGGACCUGAGUCACACGGCGGGGCGGGAGCGGGCGGUGAGCGAUGAGUUUCUGGGCAGCUCCAUCUUCCACCCGUCGGCCUUCGCCACGCUCUUCCAGUCUGACCACCUCCUCAACUACCUCUCUGAGCUUCCCAACUACCUCUGUGAGGACGGCAGCAGCAGUGCGCCCAACAGCCUGGACAGCAGCUAUGGGGCGCAGCCCGUGGUGGCAGGGGGGGACGACAAUGAGGUGCGUGGGUGA